CCUGCAUGCUUCGGCGCACACACCUAUGAACUGAACUGAGGCGAGAUCUGGUUUUCUCCUUGGAAGCGGCCGCUAGCACACAUUUGUGGAAACCACCAUUUGCGUGUGUUUAUAUUAUCACCAACCCCAUUUCGGAUAACACAUGGAGUAUAUCGAGCUAUGCGAGAGCUGCGUGCCUUGCAUUGUGGCGGUUGCGCUCCUUCAUGCAAUUAUGUGUUCUUUUUUGCAUUUAAUCAUCCGUCAGCCAACCAGCCUAAGCGUGAAGGGUGCUUGUUCAAAGCCACAGUUGCUGUUGCUGUUGCUGAUAUUGUUAUUUUUAGUAAGGCCAUUUAACUCACCACCCCUACUCUUCAGUUUUGCAGUCUUUACAUAGUCUUUUUUGUUAUUUGUUGCAUUGAAUCAACAAUGUAUAUAAUAUUUUCAUA